UUUUUGAAUUUCCAAACAAAAUUUCUUUUCAGCAGAAAUAGAGAAUCUACCGUCUUUCCAGUAUUUACCCCCGCCCCUCGCCAACCCCACCAAUCUAUGGGUGGAGGUGUUGGUAUUAAUAGCCACCCUGUUGGGAGUGGAAUACGCUUACAACAACAACGUCAAAACGAAUCUUUACACCACCAAGUAACUUUUUCAGAAGCUCCAAAUUAUAAAAUAAUUUAUUUGGUUGCUUUAAUUAUUGUUACUUUAUUGUUAAUUUCUUUAAUUGUUAUUAUUGUUGUUUUGUUGGCUACAAAGAGAGGUAAUUUUCUUUAUUUUUUGCUGUCUAAUCUGACUGUAAAAUAUAGCCAGAAUCUUGCCAAGAUUGGGUCGUUUUAUCAAAACUUUCUUCGCAUUGAGGAAAAGUCAGGGGUUUCGGGUAACUCGUUUCACCUUCUAAACUUCACUAUUGUGUCAACCCGUUUGUAUCACUCACCCAGAUAAACGUCAGAUUUUUUCCAAUAAUUUUCGAAUUUUCUUAGGAUAAUUGUUGUGACGAGGAGGAUCUUGUAAAAUUUUAGGCUGAAUUCAAACUUUUAAUGGACCCGGCCGAUGACUUUUAAACUGGACUUCUUUGAAACCCCGAUCCGAAACACGACCCUACUUAACAACACGUGACUUGUAUAUCACUAAAACUCUAAUCACCAGAAAUCACUUAAAAAUCGAAAACAUACUCAGCUCA